AUGGGGAUACAGAAAGAAACAAUUAUUCCGUACAGGCCUGAAGCUGAUGGGUUGUGUGAACGAGCAGACAGGAAAGUCAUCGAAGCUCUCAGGAAGACUGUAGGUGAUAAUGAUAAGAAUUGGGACAGAUAUAUUGAUGUUGUUAGACAUAGUAUUAACACUAUGGUUAGUGAUUUCAUUAAAAUGUCUCCAUUUGAAGCUCUGUUUGGUUGCCCAGUACGAGGCACAUUUGAUCUUUUAACUAAACCUCAUUAUGGGGAGGAUACGAUCGAAUCAUUGAUAUCUACAGCAAGAGACAAGCUUGUCUCAGCAGCAAUCUUGAAGCCGCGACGCGAGAGAUGGUAG